GGGAGGCGGUGCUGACCUUCCUCUUCUUCCCGCUCUGUGUAGUCCAGGCCUGGGUGGCCGACCGCCGCCUCCUCUUCUACAAGUACGUCCGCAAGCGUUACCGCGCUGACAAGCAACGCGGCAUCAUCAUUGAGACGGAGGGAGGGCCGGACGGAGGGAUGAGUAUGGGCAGAGGUGGAGCACUGGCUCCAGGGGGGUUCACCAAGAUGGACAUGCUGGAGCUGGACGGACAGAUGGCCUUGAAUUGUCACAGCGGGAUGGACGGAGGGACGACGGAAGAGGGAGGAGCCAAGGACGAGGAGGACGAGGCCAGAAGGGACAUGGCGAGGACGCUGAAGGACAUGAAGCAGAGGCACCCAGACAAAGACAUGGAACAGCUGAUUGAGAUGGCUAAUUAUCAGGUCCUGAUGCAGCAGCAGAAGAGCCGAGCGUUCUACCGUAUCCAGGCAACCAGGAUGAUGAUCGGAGCUGGCAACAUCCUCAAGAAGCACGCUGCUGACCAGGCUCGCAAGGUGGUGAGCAGCAAUGAGACCCAGGCUCAGGAGGACGACCCUCACACCAUUAAAAUGGAGUUUGAACCCCCUUUGUACCAGUGCUUUGAAAACUGCGGCUCCUUGAAACUGACUGUUGCCAGACACGGAGGAGACUCUGGAGUUACUGUGAAGGUGGAUUAUCGCACCGAGGACGGCACGGCAAACGCAGGUUCGGAUUACGAGUUUGCAGAGGGAACACUGCUGUUUAAGCCAGGAGAGACCCUCAAAGAGAUCACAGUUGGAGUGAUUGACGACGACAUCUUUGAGGAAGAUGAGUAUUUCUACGUCCACCUCAGCAACCCUCGAGUGGUUGGUUAUCCUGAGAUUGGCACCGCCCCGCUGGAUGCCAGUGCCACCCCCAAAGCCGUUCUGGGUGACAACCACACAGCCACAGUGACCAUCUACGAUGAUGAUCACGCAGGCAUCUUUACCUUUGAGACUGCCAGUCAGAAAGUCAGUGAAAGCGUAGGUGUGAUGGAGGUGAAGGUGCUCAGGACUUCGGGGGCCCGAGGCCUGGUAGCCGUCCCCUACCGUACUGUGGAUGCCAGCGCUAGGGCAGGGGAGGACUACGAGCUGGCCGCUGGCAAGCUGGAGUUUCAGAAUGACGAGACCAUGAAGAUCAUCGAGGUGAAGAUUAUUGACGAUGAAGAGUAUGAGAAGAACAAGAACUUCAUCAUCGAGCUGGGAGAACCCGUUCUGUUGGAGAUAGGGCAGAAACACGGGGACUCCAAUGAGAACAAGCCGUUGGUGGGAGCAGAGGAUGAAGAGGUGGCCAAGAUGGGCUGUCCCAGUCUGGGCGAACACACACAAGUAGAGGUGGUCAUAGAAGAGUCCUACGAGUUUAAGAACACGGUAGAUAAGUUGAUCAAGAAGACAAACCUGGCCUUGGUGGUGGGGAGCAGCAGCUGGAGGGAGCAGUUUGUCAGUGCUGUUACUGUCAGCGCAGGAGACGACGACGACGAGGAGAGCGGCGAGGAGCGGCUGCCUUCCUGCUUCGACUACAUCAUGCACUUCCUCACCGUCUUCUGGAAGGUUCUGUUCGCCUUCGUCCCGCCCACGGAGUAUUGGAACGGCUGGGCCUGCUUCAUUGUCUCCAUAUCACUUAUCGGCGUCCUGACGGCAGUCACCGGCGAUCUGGCAUCACACUUUGGCUGCACGGUGGGACUGAAGGACUCGGUGACGGCCGUGGUGUUUGUGGCGCUGGGAACAUCUGUACCAGACACAUUCGCCAGCAAGGUUGCCGCCAUCCAGGACCAGUACGCUGACGCCUCCAUCGGCAACGUCACCGGCUCCAACGCCGUCAACGUUUUCCUCGGCAUCGGCGUGGCGUGGACCAUCGCCGCUGUCGUCUGGCGCUCCAAGGGCAAGGUGUUCAAGGUGGACCCAGGAAACCUGGCCUUCUCUGUGACCCUCUUCACCAUCAUGGCCAUGUUGUGUGUGAUCACACUGCUGUACCGGCGGCGGGCGGGGGUGGCCGGUGGCGAGCUGGGCGGGCCGCGGACUUGCAAGAUAAUAACGUCGCUGCUGUUCGUCUCCAUGUGGCUGAUUUACAUCCUGCUGGCUUCACUGGAGGCCUACUGCCAUUUACCAAUGUUUUAAAUGGAGAGCAGAGAGGAGGGAGAGAGACCCACUGCCAAUGUGAAGAGAGCGAGAGAGAGAGAGAGGGAGGGAUGGAGGAGUCUUCAAACAGGAACGAGGAGAGAUGGGUUGUAGAGGUGGAUUGAUAUAGGCCGAUUCUGAUAUUUUUUAUGGAGUCAGCAGAUCUUUCCAUGUCCUGAUUUUUUUAAAGUCCAAAACACUUUUUCAGUGUUUCAGAUAGAUUUAUUUUUUAUCUUUCCAUUUAUUCUUUUCCUGAAGAAGAGUGUAUACCAUUAUGAAAGACUAAAACUCUCCAAUUAUAUCCAAACAUUUUUUUUUUUUUUUUACAUGAGCAGCUUCAUCACCAUCUGACACACACUGUUUAAUACUUAAGAAACGGCUGAUAUCGUUCCAGUAUUCUGCCAGAGCAGCAGGAGAAAAGAAAACCCUCUGAAGGGGAAAACGAAGAUAAAAGAAGGAAAGAUAAAAGUGGAAAGGUUGGGAGAGCGGAGGCUGGAGGCAGCAAAACUAGAGAACGAUCUGGAUACAGCCGAUGGAGAGACUAGAGGAAAGACGACACGGGAAAAAGAAAGAGAAGAACAGAUGGGCAAAAUUGUUCUACACCCCCUCCUUACUCUCUCGCUACUUCUAUCUAUGCUGUAUCUCGUCGUCAUGGGAAUGGUGGGUCCUCCCAUUAUACCCACUGAACUUUAUAUAAUACUACCAGUGAGUCAUUCCGUUUAACCCCCCUACCCCAAACUGCGCGCGCGCACACACACACACACACACACACACACACACACACACACACACACACACUACCUUUCCAACAAACACUCUACAGACUGUACACACUCCUCCGUCCCUCCCUCUUGCCUUACUCCUAUCUCUCCUGUAGGAAUCGUCUUAAAGUUGUGAUAAUGAAACGCCGUAGUCACCACCAACCGACCAACCAACCCUCUUUUUAAUCGAGCCAAUCCCAAGUCCUUCUCCUUUUAUCAUCAUAUUCUAUCAACAGCCUCGUCACACGUAGGAAACUCACCCUCUUUUUUUUUUCUAAACUUUUCAAUGGCGUCACGUGUUGAUGUUGUUACCGUGCAAUUGUAAAAAGAAAAAAGAAGACCUAUUAAGUAUAGUGAGAUGGAGAUAAGCAAAGUUACAGCAGGUUUUAGAAGAUAGAAUGUAACAUGGAGGAUUCGGAUUGAUUAGCACCUGGAAGGAAUCUCAAAAGUGGGAUGGAGAAGCAAGAUGAAAUGUUUGAUAAGCUGAGGGAAGAUUAUAAACAUCUGGAGAACCAACAAGAGAGCAGUCCACUUAGUAACUGUUGUCUUUCUUGCGAUGAAGAAGCGUUGUGCACUUGUGAAGUACACUGUUUACACGUCUAAUGUUGCAUUAAAUGGUGGAGGAAACAAGCAUGUGAACAAGCCAAAACAGACAUAACACAGUGGGACCAAUCAGAAUGAAGGAUCUCACUGGUCGGGACUUUGACAAGGACUAAGAAGAUGACAUGGCAGUGUUGUCAAAUCACAACUAUAACCAUACCCAGUGUUUCUAAUUGUACAUGAUAAUAUAAGAAACUUGUAUCGAUGUGUGUGAGAAAACACUGCUGUUUAAUUUAUGUGAAGCCCCCCUCUUUAUAAGGAAAAGCCCGGAGAAGGAAAAGAAAAAUUCAUGUGCCCUUUUUUUUUCUUCUUCUUCCUCUGAAAGACAGUUCAAGAAGACAUUUGAGGGAGAUCUAAGGGAAAAAAAGGCUAAAACCAGAGAUGAUUUAUUGACA